AUCAUGGGUAUCAUGAAGAAUAAUAGGUUAGCAACCAUACUAAGUCAAAAUUUAGCUCUAAUCAUGGGUAUCAUUGGUAUUAUUAGAUUUGAUUCAUCCCCGCAAGCUUAGUUCAGUUGUAAAAAUGCAGGAGCCGGGGUUCGAACCACGGACGCGGUGAAAUUUCUAGCCACUAAUUCAUCGUCGUUUCUAUUUUUUGUUCCUAGUAGAAAUGAAAUAAACAAAAGAAAAAACCAAGAUAUUGACUCAAGUGGUUAAUGAGCUCCCCUGUGACGGAUGUUCGGGAGAAUCCGAGUUCGAUUUCUGGUGGGAAUAAUUGUUAGCCAUUUUCCCAAACAAAAGAAAAUAGUUGGGCAACUUAACUUAAUCCAGCGUAAAUUAAGAGCAGCCAACAAGACUGGUUCAAUAAGAGUGUGAUUGGUCAAUUUUCCCUCCUAAAAUUUGAAUCUGACACUAUUCCGGAGGAAUUCACUUUAUCUGUCACCAAAUUCCGCAAAAGAUGGAACCCGCAGGACCGGUCGCCCCAAAUGCUGUCAAUUCCAUUAUCGAAAUUGUUGAGGAGGAGGAGGUGACAAGACGGAAUGAUAGCAAUGGAGACGUGACAAAUGCGAAGAGUAAAGGAGGAUGGUUCCCGGCAUAUAUCUUGCUAGCAAAUCAAGCAUUGGCAACACUAGCAUUCUUUGGAGUUGGAGUGAACUUGGUUUUGUUUCUAACAAGAGUCCUUCGUCAAGACAGUGCCGAGGCUGCUAAUAGUGUCAGCAUUUGGACAGGAACUGUUUACAUUUUUUCACUCUUGGGAGCAUUCCUUAGUGAUUCUUAUUGGGGAAGAUACUUAACAUGCACUAUCUUUCAGCUCUUCUUUGUUACGGGUUUGGGGCUAUUAUCUUUGACAUCUUGGCUGAUGUUGAUCAAACCAGAAGGUUGUGGUGACGAACAUAUCAAAUGCAUGCAACCAACUUCAUGGGGAGUACGCAUAUUCUACUUGUCCAUAUACAUGGUUGCAUUUGGAUAUGGAGGGCAUCAACCUACCUUGGCAACCUUUGGAGCUGAUCAGUUUGAUGACAAGACUAUUAAAACCAAUAACUCUAGAGAGGCUUUCUUCAGUUAUUUUUACUUUGCACUCAAUGUUGGAUCACUCUUUUCCAACACCAUUUUAGUCUAUUAUGAGGAUACCGGUAUGUGGACACUGGGUUUUGGCGUCUCGUUGGCCUCUGCUGUUGUAGCUUUGAUUUCAUUCUUAGCCGGAUCUGGUAGAUAUAGAUAUGCUCAGGCUUGUGGGAAUCCUGUCAUAAGGGUUAUCCAGGUAUUUGUUGCUGCUGCUAGGAAGUGGAAGGUUCAGCCUGCCAAGGGCCAACUUUAUGAGGUUGAUGGCCUAGAAUCCGCCAUCAAAGGAAGCAGAAAGAUUAGGCACACCGAAGAGUUCGGAUUCAUGGACAAGGCGGCAACGCUUACAUUGAAAGAUGGGAAUGAAUCCGGGAAUCAAUGGCGACUUUGCACUGUAACUCAAGUUGAGGAAGCCAAAUGUGUGUUGAGAAUGAUACCAGUUUGGCUGUGCACUAUUAUAUACUCUGUUGUAUUCACACAAAUGGCUUCUCUUUUUGUCGAACAAGGCGAUGUGAUGAACAACAAGAUUGGAAAUUUUCACUUGCCAGCAGCUACAAUGUCAGUGUUUGAUAUAUUCAGUGUCCUUAUAUGCACCUUGCUUUAUCGCAGUAUCCUCGUUCCCUUGGCUGGAAAAUUGAGCGGUAAUCCUAAGGGAUUAUCUGAGCUUCAGAGAAUGGGGGUUGGACUAAUUAUCGGUAUGUUAGCGAUGGUUGCAGCUGGUGCGACAGAGCUUGUAAGGCUUAGACAAGUUCAGCCUGGACAGAAGGCUAGUUCUUUGACUAUAUUUACUCAAAUUCCGCAGUAUGUUCUUGUUGGUGCUUCAGAAGUUUUCAUGUAUGUUGGUCAAUUGGAGUUUUUUAAUGGACAAGCCCCCGAUGGCAUAAAAAGCUUUGGGAGCUCACUGUGCAUGGCUUCAAUAUCUUUUGGAAACUAUGUUAGCAGCAUGAUGGUGAAGUUGGUGAUGGUAUUCACUGCUAAAGGCGGAGAACCAGGAUGGAUUCCGAAUGACUUGAAUGUUGGGCACAUGGACAGGUUUUUCUUCCUAAUUGCAGUGUUAACUGCUCUUGACCUCAUCAUCUAUGUGUUUUGUGCUCGGUGGUACAAGGGCUUCCAGGCCGAGGGUAGCGAGAAUAUCGAAAACCAAGAGGACGACGAGACAAUUAAUAAAGUUUGAUUGAUUUCAAGAAGCUUGAGUUUUUAUAUGUAUUUUCUUUCUAUCUUUUCAAGGCAUCUGUUUUACCUUGAUAAUUUUAAUAGAGCAGGACUUUCUAGGAUGAGAGCUCUUUUGGAUUUAGAUUUCUUUUGUCACAAAUUAUCGGAUUUGUUGGAUUAAGAUCAAAUAUAGUAGAAAUAAAGUAUAUUUUGAUUUUCUUAACUCUAAAA